AUGAAGGCAGCAGAGAUCAGAUUGUCUCUACACAGACCUCUACAGCACAGAGAUCCACACAUGGCUCCUACAAUCACUGCAGCAAUGACCAACUCUCAGGAGCAUCUGACUCGGAGCCACAAGCUCAGAAAGCCUCUGGUGGAGAAGUUACGCAGAGAGAGAAUCAACAGCAGCAUCGAGCAGCUCAAGUCUCUCCUGGGUCCAGAGUUCCUCAACCAGCAGCCAGACUCCAAGCUGGAGAAAGCAGACAUCCUGGAGAUGACCGUUUGCUUCAUGACACAGCUGCUGCAGCAGAACCAGCAGCAGAGAAGACUGAUGAAGCACGUCCACAAGCUGCAGUCUUCCUCUGAGGAGAAGCUGAGAGAGGCUGACUUCUCUCCUCUGAGCUCCACAGUCCACAGCAGCAUCUCCAAAGACAAGAGUCCAGUCAGCAGCGCCCCCUGGAGGCCGUGGUAG